CUAGGACUUUGGGGACACCUGUAGUUCUUUAAAGUUUGCAGUGAACAAUGUCAUCUUAUUUGGUCUUCACACUACCUUGUGAGUUAGAUGCUAUUAUUCUGCCUUUUGCAGGUGAGGAACCUGGCCAAAAGAAAUGAGCCUAGGGUGGCUAGAACCAGGCAAGGAAGGGCUUUCAAUGCUAACCAAUGUUGCUCUUUAUUCCAAAGACAAAAGGGAGCCACAGACACUUGUUGGACAAAGGAGAAAAAGAUCACUACUAGGAAGAAGAAUGGAUGCAGCCCUGAUUGGCAAAAGCAAAAAGAGGAAGCAGCCACAAAAUGAAUUUUUUAUAGGGUCUGGAGAAGAAACAACUAAUGGGGAUCCAGAUGAUGAAGAGAGUCAGCCUAAGUGGAAGAAAGCCCGUUUAUCCACCAAGUUAUUUGUUAACAACUAUGAAAUAAGCCAUGACCAGCUCCGUGAAUUGCUGAAGUCUGCAGCGUUGGGAAAACUGUCCAUAUCUGAUGAACAAGGGGCUCCUAACCUGAGCUGGUGCCAUCUUUCUCACCCAAAGCAUCUGAACAGUGUGGUGGUUAUUGUUCUUCAAGGAGUGAGUCAGCUGCACUUCUACAAGUUCUUUUUGCAGUUCAAACACCUCCGAAAGGCAUUCAGACAUAGGUUCCGUUUGCCUGCUCCGUCAGCCAAUUUUCUAGCAGAUGUCAUUGGGGAACAGCCUAAUGGAAAUAAAGAAGAAAGAAUCCUGCCUACACCCAAUACAAUGCAAGUGUCAUCAUCUCUUACCAGUCCACAAGCCAUCACAGACUUGCACAGUGAUCCCAUCAUUCAAAAAUAUGGAUAUGACAAAGUGGGUUUGGUCAGAUGCCUAUUGACCAAAGAAGAGAUGAAAAAAUUUGACUUUCCACUCCAAGGAUUAGAUACCUGUAAAAACUUCAUUCCCACUGAAUGUCUUGGUCCAGUAAACGACAGCAGUCCCCUUUUUGGCCUAGACUGUGAAAUGUGCCUUACACCAAAUGGGAAUGAACUCACCCGAGUGUCAUUGGUUGAUGCUGAAGGUCACUGUGUCAUGGACGAACUUGUCAAACCUGACAACAAGAUUCUGAACUACCUCACCAGGUUCUCAGGCAUCACACGGAAGAUACUUAAACCUGUGACAACCAGACUCAGAGAUGUCCAGGUCAAGUUAAAGAAGCUGCUCCCACCAGAUGCGGUAUUAGUGGGCCAUUCCUUAAAUGCAGACCUUAAAGCCUUACAAAUGAUACAUCUCAAUGUUAUUGACACUUCAUUGCUUUUUGUCAGAGAUUUGGGACGAAGGUUUAAGCUCAAGUUCUUAGCCAAGGCUGUUUUAGGAAAGGAAAUACAGUGCCCUGACAGGGUUGGCCACGAUUCCACAGAAGAUGCUAUUGCAACUCUUGAACUGGCUCAGUAUUUUAUCAAACAUGGCCCAAGGAAGAUUGCAGAGAUGAAGCUAGAUACAGCAGUUCACUCUCAACAAUCGUUGGCAAGUCCAAAACAGAAAAAUACAUUGCCCUUGUGCCCCAGUGGACCCAAUAAAGAAGCUUCAACUGAUGCUAUGUGGCAAAAGAAUGCUGGUAUUUUAGAAUGUUUGGACUUGACUGGUCAGAAGCUCCUUUUCCUGUCCCAGAAGGCAGGUGGCAAUGCAUUUACAUCUUCCAGAUUCUGCCGAAGUAUUCUGUGUACUUCUGAUGAGGAGGUUCUAGAGCAAGCCCAAGCAGAGGUCCCCUUGUCAUCCUUCAGCAUCAUCCAGUUUUCACAGUGCCCACAUCCCCUUUCCCCCAGCCUUACUGUUGAGAUGCAUCAAAAGAUGAAAAUCAAGUGGGCAGAGAUGUCAACAGUAUAUGCAGGACCAUUUGGGGAAAAUUUCUGCCUCAAGCCUUUGAAGAAGUUGUUUGCAAGCUUUGGCCCUGUCCAUUCAAUGGAAGUCAUUCUUGAAACUGAUGAGCCUUAUCUUUGUAUCCACUAUGGAGUGCUAGAAGCUGCCCAGCUGGCCAUAGAGACCCUGAAUGGUGCAUGUGUCCAGGGAUCUCGGAUCAAGGUGCAGAGGCCAGUCCAAGAACUCACCCUGGACUGUGACACCAUAGUGAGUACCCUGGAAACAGAUCCCGAGAAUGAAAGUACCAUUUAUGUGAAUGGAAUGAAAGAAAGCUAUACUAAAGAGGACAUGUCCCAGAAGUUUAGUCUUCUGCCCAGUCUGGAAGCUAUCUUCUUGCCUGUGGAUCCUCAAAGCAAAAAACACAAGAAGUAUUGCUUCCUGAAAUUUAGAAGUUUUGAAUGUGCCCAAAGUGCCCUGAAAAUUCUACAGGGCCCAACUGGCCUCAGCUGGAAGCUGGUGUGCAGGAAAGCCCUGACCCCCAACCACCUUCAUGAGUGGAUCUGUCACUCCUAUCCUGAUCCAAGAAGCCCACAGGCAUCUGAUGUUGUCUCACUAGAUCCAAAGGAAAAGUCUCCCUCAGUAAAUAAGUCGCCACAGGGAGAAGAAUUGAAGAUAGCCAUGAGUCGGUUUGAUGAGAGGGUCAGGAAGCUCCAUGAGAGGCUGCCACCUAGCACUCUGUGCAUCGUCCUUCUGCCAGGAAUGCAAAGUGUUCAUGGAUCAUCAGCCGGCCUGGGGCUGAUAUCAGUGAAUGGUGAUGAUAGAAAAAGUGCUGUCCCAGAGGGACUUUAGUGGGUCCCCAGCCAGAACUGACAGCUCCUUUCCUGCUACCAUUUUCCUCUUUGUAGCAUCACUGGAAAACAAGAAAAUGACAUCAUCCGUCCACCUUCAACUGCCAGUUACAUACACAUGGGUGGCACAAGUUGGGGUAUCGGUAAAGCAGGCAAUUACUUUUAACAUCAGUUAUUUCUCAAUUUAUAGGAGAAAUGUAGGGGGUUGGCCCUAACAAGGCAGAUUUCUUCAACAGAAAUCCUAUCAUAACCCCUGUCAUGAAAUUGGAUAUAUAUCCCAAGGGGAAAAAUCCAAAAGACUUACUACAUAAGCCUUUUGAAGAAGGCAUUGAAUGGUGGCCAGGUCUGUAUCCAUGGCAUCUUAUGUUAUGGAGAUGCUUUUGCAAUCCUGUCCGAGCUCAGCACAACCUCAUCUUUAGGUGAUAAGAAUCUCCAGACAUGGGAGCAAAUCCCUCUUUUAUCUCAAUAUUUACAGGCUCCAGUAGAACUCAGGCUACAAUAUUUCACUUUACUAGCAGGUAUCUCCAUCUAAUAUUUUUAACUGAGGAUCCACAGACCUCAAAGGGAUCUGUGAACUUGGAUGGAAAAGAAAUUACAUUUUUUUUUACUAACUUUUGAUUUCUUUUGUAAUCCUUUAUAUUUUAUGUGUUUGAAAACAUUCUGAGAAGGGCCUUGUGGGUUUAACCAGAAUUCCAGGGGUGCUUGACCAAAAAAAAAAUGUUAAGACCUUUGAUGUAACACUUGAUAAUCUUCCUCCUAGAAAUUUUCUUAGGUUCACAUCAAACUAGUAAAAAAAUAAAUCAGUAUUUACUUAAUAUUUUAAAUUAGAAAUCCAGUGAAAUGAGCUCCUAUUCGAUAAUGCCUUGCACAUAGUAGGCACAAAUGUUUUUAUUCAAUCCAUGACCAUUUAUAAAGCACUAUGUGCCAGUCACUUUACACUCAUCUGGUCCUCACAGCAGCCCUGGGAGGUAGAUACUAUUAUUAUCAUCCCCAUUUUAGAUUUGAGGAAACUGAGUGAGGCAGAGGUUAACUGACUUGCCUAAAGUCACACAUAACUAAGUGUCUGAGGCCAAAUUUGAACUCUGGUCUGGAGAUACAAGUAUAAAGAAUGAAACCCCCUGCUCACAAUGAGCUUACAUUUAAAUCAGGACAAGGAAAUAUGUCAGUAUAUUGUGACAAAGUGAAUAAAUAUAAAUAUGUGCACAGUAAGUAUAAGGUAAUAUGGGAGGGAGGCCACUAGAAGUUCGGAAAGUUAAACACAGAAGAUGGUGCUCAGGCUGCAUCUUAAGAAAGAUGAUUAACUGUGAGGUGGAGGGGGUCCAUUCCAGGCAUUAGGAUGGCCAAUGAAGUAGACUGAAUAGGUAGGGGAGUCAUAGGGUCAGCUCUAUGGAAAAUUAUAUUGGCUACGGCAUAGGAUAGACUAGAGUGGAGAAAGAAGGGACAAGAAGACUGACUGCAAAGGACCAUUGCAAUAAUCCAGGUGAGAGCAAAGGAGGUGCACAUGUAGAAAGUUGACCUCGGCUGGCAGAAGGAUCACCUAUCAGAGCCAAAGAAAAUGAAUGGAAGAAGAUGGCAAAGCCUUUAAAGAUGAGAAUGGGAGGGGAGGGGUGUGUUGUGUGGCCUCAUUUUUUUUUGCAUUAAGGAUUCUGAAAGGAUGGGAGGAGUUGGGGGGGGGGAGGUGUGUUAGAGAGAGAAAACAGGUCACUUCUAUGGAGAAUAUUGAGAAGCCAGUUGGUAUGUGAUGAACUAGCAAAGGAUACUGAAGGAGUCAAAUCAGGUGGGAGGAAAGGGAAGUGCCAUGAAACCUGGAGAGAAGGGUGGUCAGCAGUGUCAGAUGGAGCAGAUGGGGCAAGAAAGAUGAUCGAUGAGAACUGAGGAGAGGCCUAAAGUCUGUGAUGUAUCCCACUGAAAGAUUGUGAUGAAAUUAAAAAAAAAAAAAAAACCCAAGGCAGAAGAGCUAGGACCAGAUUGGGCUAUCUUUCUCAUUUUUGAGGGGCAGAGGAAGGAAAAAACUAAGCAGGCCCAUGGCCAAGGUGGUUAUGGUAAGAAAUCUUAUCAAGGGAAUACUGCAAGAAAGAGGUACUGGCCCAAGGUUCCUCAACCUAUAGUUUGGAUCAGGGGAAAAGUACUUCAGGAGACAGAAGUGUCAAAAGACUUAACAGCCAUUGAGACCCAGAGUUACUUUGACAACUAUUUGUUAGGCACCUCCUAUGUACAAGGCACUGUGACAGGUGUGGAGAUACAAAGAAAAACUGCUCUCACCCUUGAGAGUAGACUUGUGGAAAACUAUGUAAACCCCGAAGUGAAUACAAAAUAAAGUGUAGUCAUUGCAUUUGCAAGGUGGUACACUUAAAUCAGGACAGACUUCUUGUAGAAGGUGGUACUUGAAGGAUGGCUGAGGAUCUCAAAGGUGAUUAGAGGGAAGGGAAUUUCAGGCCAAGACAAACACCAGAACAAUGUGUGGAAAACAACCAAGCUGGUUUUGAGUGGGAAGGGAUGUAAGCAGACUGGAAAAAAAAUAGAAUGGGCUGUACCAUACGAUCCAUAUACUUGAAGAUUAGGAAGCCAAGGACCAGAGAUUAAGUGACUUGGCCAAGGUCAUUAUAGGUGGCAAGAAGCAGACUUCUAACUCUUGAUCCAGUGUUCUUUUCCACUAGAUUAUCAUUGCUGCUUUGCAGGAUUUUAAAUGUCAACUAGGGAAUUUGUAUUUUAUCCUGGAAGCAACUGUUCUUGGGGAGGGGAAUAAUGUCAGGCUUAUGUUUAAGAAGUAUCAAUUUGGCAGUUAUAUCAAAGAUGGAUUGGAGAAGAAAUAGUUGGUAUACCAAAUAAGGAAUAACCUUUAAAAACCUUUGUAGCCCAAGUACCUUACAUCUUCUCUUAUAGUACCUUUGCCUCUUCCCCGGUCCCACAAAUUUCUUCUGUAGUGCUUACAAUUUCUUGUAAAAAACAAAACAAAAACCUUAGAGGAGGAAAAUGUGAUACUUUGAGGAAUGGAAAAAGGAAUCUGUUUUCAUCCUCCAUGAUUCCUGGAUGUAAAGAGAUUCAAAAAAGAGGAGAGGCAAGAAAUUUGGAGGUCAGUAACAUACAGAGGCCUGGGCCAAAAAAGGAGGCACCAGGGAAAGCCAACAGUGAUUUUUUUCAUAAACCCUCAGACUCAUGGUUUCAAAGCAGCAAGCUCAUUUUAUAGAUGAUUAAAUGCCAAGGCAGCCUGGCAUAGUCAGAGCCUUGGGUUUGGAAGUCGGCAAGAGCUGGGGCAGAUGAGUUCCACUUUUGCUGCAUAAUCUCUGAGUCUGUUUCUUCAGCUAUAAAAUGAGAAUAAUAGUACCUGCCUAUUAAGGUUGUGAGCAUCUGUUCAAAUAAAAGUAUGUAAAGAGCUUUGCAAACAAAGCACAAUAGAAA